AAGUGGCCUUAGACUGGCCUGGCGUCGCUCUCGCAUCGCAUCGCACCGACAUCGCACCGUGACACCGAUGUGCGUUCCCGUCGCUGUGUAUCGACUCGCAGAGAGAUAUAAAAUGCGCGUUAUCAGUCAUUAGUUCACCGCGGAGAAACAUCUCGCGAGUGCCUGUCGACGUGCAUUUAAUGUCGAAUCGAUUGUUCGAGGGCGUGCAGAGACUCGUGAAGGAUGAGGGUGAAGGAAAAUGGAUUGCUACGUCCUUUGAGCUAAGAAUAUUCCUGUAGGGAGACAUCUUUAAAAAAAGGAGAGACGCGCGCGCGCACACACACGAGAUAUACACACGUGUAAUACGUGCACACUGAGCGACGGGCUUACAUUAUAAAACGUAUCGAAUCGAUAUUCGACCAGGAGUUUCUGCUGAGUGAACGUGAACCAUAACAGAAUCUUCAGAAGAAUAGAUGCGUGAAUAAAAUCUUUUCGAUGAAUGUACAUCCGCGUCACCAUGAAUGAGUCUCUCUGACGAGCGGAACGAGACGGGAUCUUGUUGCACUAAAACAAUAAGCGUGAAAUGUGCAUCAUUGCGGGAGGCAGCUGCGUGUAUUGCUGAAGAUGCAUCGAGUCAUUGAUACAGCUACUUUUUUCGACGACGAGUGAUGAGGUAAUUCUAGAGCUUAAGAAAUUUAUUAUACUUGGGACUAAAUGGUUUUCUCUCAGCGACAUCCGGAGAACGAUUUAAAUGCGCACUAAGCGAUGCAAGGUACGAUGUGUUAAUUAUUGAUAAUGUUUUUAAUAAUGAUAAUUGCAUCCACAUAAUAAUACUAAUUGCCGCCAACGUUAUCAUGCUCCGAUCAUGAUGUGAUGUCUGAAUAGCACGAGGCGUACUAAUUAAAUUAAUACGGUAAAAGGUAGACUGAAUCAGACACGAUAUUUUCAUCGAUCGAUCUGUCACAAUGAGGAAGCAACUCCUCGGUAUCAUCUUCCGGGUGCGUCCGAGGACGCGCCGGUGAACGGACGGUAUCGACAGUAAAUAAUAUGGCGCGUGUUGGCCCGCAGUCGAUGACGUCAAGGACCGAGUGAUAUGUCGAUGGUUCGAUGUAGAGAGAGAGGCUGGGCAACGAAAGUGGAUACAACGAAAUUUCCCAGAGGACGAACAGCGAAUUUCCCGAAGGAGCAGCUUCGACAAUCGUGUUGCAGGACUGGGAAGCACGAGGAACGUAUUCCCCAGGUCGUCGAGGCAAGCAAAGUAAAGCUCUCUUAUCCGUUUGUGACCGCGUGCUCCGUUUUUGAAAGAACCCUUCUUUAAGGGGAAAGAAAUAGCGGACGAUAUUGAAGUAAAUCAUCAUUUUUAAAUGUCUUAAAAAUUUCUUUUAUAUGAGGAAAAAGUUGAAUACUGUGAUACUUUAAGAAGCGCGAACGGGCCCAAAGAGAUAGAAGACGUAAUAUGAUCAAUUGCGCAUUUUUUGAAGAGAAUCUCGGUACAUUUUUCUCCUCGAUUUCCCGAGGUCUUCAAAAUUCUUUUUACGCCCGAUAAAUGCGAAAAAUCUCAAGAGAGAGGAGAGAAUUCCCGGGUUGAUGUGUCUAUCGCAUAUUUUUCACUUGAGAGAUUUCAUACCACCUCGACAAAUAGGGCGGACGCCUGAGAGACGUUGCAGGGAUAAAUCAAGAUAAAUCUCAGAGAAAGAGGGAGAAAAAGAGAGAGAGAGAGAGAGGUGCGGAGCGUUCCAAGGGGUUGCAGUAUAUCGAGUGCAAAGUUGGCGAGAGGAACGGAAGGAGCGAGGUCGCGACAAGUGACGUUUUUCUCGAUUGGGAAAUAAAGAUAUCGCCGAGGAGCAGCAGUAGAUUGAUACACACAAAGUAGGAGGACGUGAAAAUAGGUCAAGAGUGUCUUGGCGAUGGCAGCGUGGCAGUUUCCACUCAUCGUGCCCCGCGUUGAGUAGAUUGCGAGAAAUCAACGCGCGAGUAGCGCGCUGUAUCGAGUGUUGUCGCGCGGAUUACAUCCGACCCGAAGUAGACGGGUCCUUCGAGUGGCUGGAAAUAGACCUGAAAACUGUGUCAUUAGGGUAAUAUUAAUGUACCUGAGAUAAUGGAUUCCAAAUCCAACGACUGCUUCUUUCGCGACUCGAGGAGAUCGAGAUAAGUAUCUGUGAAUCCAUCGCGACCUUUAAUACGAAUUGAACUCGUGUAUUUAUUUGAUAUAAUUAAGAAGUUUUGUUACUUAGUGCAAGAAAGGACGAUCAACGAUUCGUAAACUGAGGACAUACACGAGGCGUUUUGAAUUUUUCACUCAUAAAUGCGAUAUUUAUUCAUCUCAUUCUACGAUCAAUGAAAGAUCUAUAGAUCCGUUUGGCUGUCAAUGCCAAGACCAACACGUGAAAGAAACACAAUGACACCAAUAUCGAACUGAUCCUCGCGGGAACGAGCUUGAAAUACAACAGGCACAACGAGGUGAGGCACGCAAAGCUUGUUGAUGCGCUUAACGACGCAUCGACGGAAGAAAUGCGUCGUUCAUCGCAACAGGAGCGCUUCCGGUCGUCGUCGAUCCACGCGCUGAAGUUCGCACGUCGUCGAUGUGAUCGCGCCGUCGUUACCAUCGCCGCUUCCUUCGAGGAGACGUAGUCGUCUCCUCUCUCUCGCCUCGGCGGAGGGAUCCAACGAAUUCCCAAUCAUUUUCAUGGUUUACGGAUCGCGCAGAGUCACGGAGACAGCAACCACCACGGGGCUCGCUUGGCUUCACAAUAUCACCGCUCAAGGCGAAAUGAGCAACAGCGGUGGAUUCGGGGUUGGCGUCGGGGUCGCUGGCGGACCGACCCUCGCGGCUGCUCAGCAGGGUCAAGGAGUAGCUGCCCUCCUGGUGAUGCUAGCCGUUCUCUGCUUCAUCUUCGCGUACUGCUGCUGGGGCGCACCUUUCUGCCGGUCCCUGUGCAGGCGGCAUUGUUGCUGUCGCCUGGAGGAUCCAGAGCCGGACACGCGGUUCGGUAGCAGCGACCAGACCAUGGUAGCAACGCCGACGAUCAUCCUUCUGCCGCACGGCAGAAUGCUCGUGGUCGACGGCACGAUAUUCACGCAGUUUCAAACCGAUCCCACUGGUCUGGACUUGGUGGAACUGGGCGACAGCGUGCUACGCGCACAGAGAAAUCCACGGAGUGUGAAUCGCCAUCAGUUACAGAGCAGUCAGGGUAGCAUUCUCGAAAUGGACGCCGAGACACCCAGCAAGGACAGUUUGGGGUCUGUCGGUUGCUUCCCGCCGCCCACUUACGAGAGCAUCUACGGCAAAGAAGAGACCGACAUGCCUCCCUCUUACUCCGACAUUCUCUUGCACAGAUUCGCAAAUCUGCCGCACGAGAUCGAUAUGCGCGGUUACUGUCGCGACAGCAAGGAAGAGAUUGAGAUGCAGAGCCUAGACAGCUGCCCGCACAUCAUCGGUAACCCGCUGAGCUCGAUGCCCGGGUACCAUCCCUACGCCACGGUGACGAGCCUGUCCAGCUUGCAGAGUUAUCCCCGGCGGAAUGUCUCGCGCAAUCCGUCCAUUAUCAGCAAUCCGCUGGACAAUUUCUACGUGGACAACGAGCUCGGUCUCUAUCGACUCAGUCGUGAGACGAUGCCGCGCGUUUCCAGCAACGACGCGAAUCUUGAGACCUUCCGCGCGUCACACGACGAGAUCUCGUUCCGCGUGCCGCUUGACGAGAACGAGAAUCAUCGGCGUGCCACUCGAAAUAAUCACCAAAUUGUCGGCAAUGAACUGAUGAACACUAGAAAUCGCGCCCGUAGCGCGACUAGAUUAGGCCAGGACAGUCGUAGGAGUUCGCUGAAUCGCGACGGGGACCAGCAUCAGGUCUUUGUCAGAUUGCCCGACCCUGAGGAGGUCGAAGUUGCGCGAGAUAGGCGCGGCGAUGAGGAUCAGCGGUCGCCCCGGGUGUACCGGGAAGAUCAAAAUGUCAGGAAUCCGCACCUGGAUCAUUCCCAGCUGCAAGACGACGUGAAUCGUAACGUCGUCAACGACGACCCCAGGUACUUCGCGAGGGGCAGGCGACUGGAGAACGAGAACAGGAAUCAGGAAAUCGAAACCGAGGAAUCUCAGUAUCCUGACGAGGAGGCGGGCAACUUCGGCGCGCUGGCCGACAUUCGCGAGAGCAGAGUACGCGAAGCGCAGCUAGAAGGAACGGACCUGAGGCAUCGGCGACAGCGCGUCAGUCAGACAGCCGCGGUCAGUCGCGAACGGCGAUCCGUGAGCGUCGUUCAGUCGAGCAGGGGCGAUCGAGCGAGCUGGAGCCUGGAGUGCGUCGACGCACGUAAAAUGGCAGCGCGAAGUCGCACGGGUCCCCUCGUGCUCCUCCUCCUGGUCUGUUGCAUCGGGUUGCACUCGGUGCGAGCGAACCCGGUGAACAUCCCGUUGAACCGGGUGCCGACAGCGCUGUGGCAAAAGGCGUGGAGGGCCCUGAACGAUCAUUCGCCGACGCAUCACCUGUACGCGCACGGCACUCUGAUAAACGCGCAGGAAUUGGAGGAGCCGCCUUAUAAGAUAUACAAGUUCACCUACGAUCUAAGUCCAAUAUGUGGCGCGGAAUCCUGCCCCAAGGAAGCCUGCACGAUCGACCUGAAGGAAGACGAACAGGGCGAUAUAGAGACACUGAACGAUUCCAUUCAGUGCAUGUACUUUUACCCAGCCGACGCGCAGAACGACAUGUCGCAGGAGCAGCAGAGCUACCAAGAACAGGACGAUUCCCAAGUGACUCAGGAGAGUAUGGCCGAGCAGGCGAAUAACAAUCGAAGCGUUGAGCUGGAUCACGAGAUCCAGGAGACCGGCGACGAGAAUAUCAAGCCAUUCAUCGCCAUGCCCGCUACCAGCAGCAAUUACUGCCCCGGCUGUCCGUUCGAGCUGAAUCCGAAUCUGCCGGGUCUCCUCGUCUUCGGCGAGAAAGCGUUGAGAUCGAUGGACGAGCAAAGUGCAGGCGACUACAAGCACAAGUUGAUGAGCAUCGUGAGAGUCACCCGCUCGGUACCAGUCUCGUCCAACGUGAUACAGUAUCAGCUGCUGCUGCUGAUAGGUGAGUCCGAGUGCUUGAAGAACGCCCUGGAACAGGAGCAAGAGUGUCCGCUGCGGACAAUCGUCCCGACCAAGCUGUGCUUGGUCACGUUCGAGCAACGACCGUGGCAGCAAUCGUCCCUCCGAAUCACCAAAAAUAACUGCACGGAUGCGGAAAGCGCAACCAGCGCCAAUAGCGAUCACUCCCUGCGACCGAGCUUGGAAAGCCACUCUUUGGUCACGGUCAAGUACAAUGACGAGCAACCAUCCCGCACCGAGGUGAUCGAUGCAUACGAGGGCUUGAAGGACAUGCUGGACAAUUACACCCGUGUGCCUUCGAUACCGUCGAAGGAGCCGGAGGAAGCUGCGGUGACGGAAUCCGCGAUCGGGCGAGUGGUGUUAAACAGAAGCGAGGAUGACGAGAAGACCAGGAGCUUCGCGGACAAGAAGAGGGAGUUCAACGAAUUCUUGGAGGAUUUCGAUUUGCCCGUUAAAGUCGAGGACGCCACACCGGACACGCGUGAGGCGGUAAAAGAAGAGAAGUUCCAGCGAAAGAAGGUGCCCACGGACGAUUAUAAAGUGGAGAAGGCCAACGACAAAGGCGUCGUCAGUAGGAGGAAACGAUCGCCGACAGGCUUGCCUGGUGGGACCAGGCCGGUAGCUGUGGAUGAUCCCGAGGUCAAACUGUAUGCCGGAAAAGCGCUGCAGAAGGUGUCCGCGGAGUCGGAUAGCGCGAACGAGCCAUUUAUGGUGGAGAUUACCGAGGCGACUGUUCAGGUGGUAUCUGGCCAGCUGUACAAAAUCAAAGUCAAGCUCGGCACCAGCAACUGUCCAAAAGGCACCAGCGAAAACUGCGAAUUGCUGGCUGACAGCGAGGUGAAGGAAUGUUUAAUAACGGUGUGGUCGCAACCCUGGUUGGAUCAUGGCUCACCCCGAAUAACGGUGGAUUGCCCGCCGCCGGCUGGCGACAGAAGGAAGCGGUCGUUGCGCGGCGCACAUUACAGUGAAACGAUGAAACAGAUCGGCGACGAGGUGGGACUCGACGCGCUGUUUGAUCAAUUUCUGCGCGCGUACGAGCGUCCGUACGCCACAGAUCCGGUGGAGCGGGAGCGACGGUUUCAGAUAUUCCGCGACAAUUACAACACCAUAAAAAUGCUGCGGGAAAACGAGCAGGGAACUGGCCGCUACGGCAUCAACAAGUUUGCCGAUAUGUCGCGCGAGGAGUUCCGGAAUUACCUGGGCUUACGACCGGAUCUGCGAUCGGAGAACGACAUUCCGCUACCCGAUGCCGAGAUCCCACAGGACGUCGAGCUGCCGCCCAACUUCGACUGGCGAGCAAAGGGCGCUGUAACUCCGGUGAAGGAUCAAGGUGCAUGCGGCUCGUGCUGGGCGUUCUCGGUGACGGGGAACGUUGAGGGCCAAUACGCGAUCAAGCACGGCAAGUUGUUAUCGUUGUCCGAGCAGGAGCUCGUGGAUUGCGAUGACCUGGACGAGGGUUGCAACGGUGGUCUGCCGGACAACGCGUACAGAGCCAUCGAGAGGCUGGGCGGCCUCGAGUUGGAGACGGAUUAUCCUUACGAGGCGGAGAAUGAGAAGUGUCAUUUCAAGAAAAAGUUGGCUAAAGUACAACUGGCUUCCGCCGUCAAUAUUACGUCGGACGAAACGCAAAUGGCACAGUGGUUGGUGAAGAACGGCCCGAUUUCGAUUGGCAUUAACGCCAACGCCAUGCAGUUCUAUAUUGGCGGCGUGUCGCAUCCCUUCAAAUUCUUGUGCAAUCCGAAAAACCUGGACCAUGGUGUACUGAUCGUGGGAUACGGCGAAAGCAGAAAUGCAUUUUUCAACAAAAGAAUGCCAUAUUGGAUCGUCAAGAACAGUUGGGGACACCAUUGGGGCGAGCAAGGAUACUACAGAGUUUACCGCGGGGAUGGUACUUGCGGACUCAAUACGAUGGCCACAAGCGCCGUGGUUGUUUAA